GAGACCCUAUUCACCAUUUAGUGCUGAUUUUUUAACAAAAUAAAAUCAUCCUCAGCAAGCAGUUCACAAGAUCCGAUCAGAUCCUCGCGUAUCCCCCUUUCCCUUCAUCUUCCUCCUCACCUUCUCUCUUUUGAAGUUACUUCCUCUCUCUCAGCUCUGUUCUUGUUUCGUUUUGUCUGUAUCGGCUGAAUCGUCCCCCUGCUCUGAUAAAGCAGAAUUCAAGCCCGAUUCCAUAGUUUGGCGGUUCUAGAGAGCAGUCCUUCAAUUUUACUCAACAUUAGGGUUUUUGUUCUAAUUCUGAGGUAGAAAUGCUUCGGAUCUUGACCUAGGGUUUGUGAAGGUGCCGCUUUUAAUUUCAAGUGCAUGAAGAUUUGGUGCUGCCUAUGCUUCGCUUUCGAAGACGAAGAAGCACCAUUAAAGAGUAAUAAAGUUCAGGAUAACGCCAUGAGGGAGGGCAUUUUGGAGAAUGACAACAAUUCCGAGAGCAACAUUGGGAAUGACGUCGAGGAUGCUGAGGAAGCUGCAGCCACGAGAUUAGCGCUUGCAUUGACUGACAAUGGGCGGGAGCGUGAUGAUCAGGACUCCUUGAGGUUGUUCGAGGAGAUGAUCAGAGCCAUGCGUGGUGGUGGUACUAAUUGGGACGAGCGGGCACCUGUUUUAGACGAGGUGGUGCAUGUGGUUGCUCCACUUGCCUUAAGGAAGUCCGCUAUUUGUUUCAUACGGCGACUUCAGGGUGAGAGUAGUAGUUCCACGGCAGCAGCAGCCCCAGUGACAGGGCGUGUUAGCGAGGACUGCGAUCGGGAUAUGCAUAAUAAGCGAGCCAAAGUUUACUCUGGUUUUCAUGAUUGUCGUUAUACAGAGGCCAUGUCUGCAGAUGCUGGCAAUUCUAGUUCAUCAGCUGACAGAGAUUUUAGUUUAGGCCAGAGCUCUUCUGCUCCAUCAGGGAAUGAGAUUUUCUAUCACAAUUUCAUGUGGAGUAACAGUAACGACGAGAAUCCCUCUGAUUCUAGUGGUGGAAGAGAUGAUGAACAUGAGGGUGGUACUUCUAAGUCAGAGGAUUUAGAAGUUCGGAUGGAUCUUACAGAUGAUUUAUUGCAUAUGGUUUUCUCUUUCUUGGACCACAUUAAUCUUAGUCGAGCUGCAAUGGUCUGUAGGCAGUGGCGAGCAGCCAGUGUACAUGAAGAUUUCUGGAGGUGUCUGAAUUUUGAGAAUCGAAACAUAUCUAUUGAACAAUUUGAAGAUAUGUGUCAGAGAUACCCAAAUGCCACUGAAGUGAAUAUUCAUGGCGUUCCCAACAUGCACUUGCUUGUUAUGAAAGCAGUCUACUCAUUAAGAAACCUUCAGGUUUUAACUUUGGGAAGAGGACAACUAGGGGAUCAUUUUUUUCAUGCCUUAGCAGAGUGCAACAUGCUGAAGAGUUUGAAUGUCAAUGAUGCUACUCUGGGUAAUGGUGUUCAGGAGAUCCCGAUAAACCAUGAUAGGUUGCAUCAUCUUCAGCUCACAAAAUGCCGUGUGGUUAGGAUAUCUGUCAGGUGUCCACAACUUGAAACUUUGUCUCUGAAGCGCAGUAACAUGGCACAGGCUGUACUUGAUUGUCCUCUAUUGCAUCUCCUUGAUAUAGGGUCUUGCCACAAGCUUUCAGAUGCCGCAAUCCGUGCAGCAGCAACUUCAUGUCCUCAAUUGGAGUCUUUGGACAUGUCAAAUUGUUCAUGUGUUAGUGAUGAAACUUUACGUGAAAUAGCCCUUACUUGUGUUAAUCUUCAUAUUCUUGAUGCUUCAUAUUGUCCAAACAUAUCACUUGAGUCUGUAAGAUUGCCAAUGUUGACAGUCCUCAAGCUUCAUAGCUGUGAGGGAAUCGCAUCAGCUUCCAUGGCUGCAAUAUCUCAUAGUUACAUGUUGGAGGUUUUGGAGCUUGUCAAUUGCAACCUACUGACUUCUGUGUCAUUGGAGCUUCCUCGCCUGCAGAACAUACAACUAGUACAUUGUCGCAAGUUUGCUGAUCUGAACUUACGAAGUAUCAUGCUAUCAUCUAUAAUGGUGUCUAACUGUCCAGCACUCCAUCGUAUUAAUAUCACAUCAAACUCACUUCAAAAACUAUCAUUGCAGAAACAGGAGAACCUAACAACAUUGGCACUAGAAUGCCAAUGUUUGCAAGAAGUAGACCUCACAGAUUGUGAAUCUCUAACAAAUUCUGUUUGUGAAGUUUUUAGUGAUGGCGGUGGGUGCCCUAUGCUAAGAACAUUGGUUCUUGAUAAUUGUGAGAGCUUGACAGCCGUGCAAUUCUGCAGUACCUCUUUAGUGAGUCUUUCCCUAGUUGGUUGCCGUGCUAUUGCUGCUCUUGAAUUGAGUUGCCCAUGUCUUGAGAAAGUUUGUCUAGAUGGUUGUGAUCAUCUUGAGAGAGCAUCGUUUUCUCUUGUUGCACUUCGGUCGCUGAAUUUGGGAAUUUGUCCCAAAUUAAGUAUGCUUAAUAUUGAAGCACCAUAUAUGGUCUCACUUGAGUUGAAAGGAUGUGGUGUCCUGUCUGAAGCAACAAUCAACUGUCCUCUCCUAACAUCUCUGGAUGCUUCCUUCUGCAGCCAACUCAAGGAUGACUGCUUGUCUGCAACCACAGAGUCCUGCCCACUGAUCGAGUCAUUUAUAUUGAUGUCUUGCCCAUCUGUUGGUUCUGAUGGACUUUACUCUUUGCGCUGGCUUCCGCACCUUACUCUGCUAGAUUUGUCUUAUACUUUCUUAAUGAAUCUGCAGCCAGUUUUUGAGUCUUGUUUGCAACUGAAGGUGCUAAAAUUGCAAGCUUGCAAGUAUCUUACUGAUGUGUCUUUGGAGCCUCUUUACAAAGAAGGAGCUCUGCCAGUGCUUCAGGAGUUGGAUUUGUCUUAUGGUACUCUGUGUCAGUCUGCAAUAGAGGAGCUUCUAGCUUGCUGUACCCAUCUCACUCAUUUGAGCUUGAAUGGCUGCGUGAAUAUGCAUGACCUUAAUUGGGAAUACAGUGGAGAUCAACUUUCAGCGUAUCCGAGUGUAUAUAAUUCAUCUACCCUGCUUUCUGAUGAGAAUAUCCAUCAAUCAACCGAGCAGGCGAACCGGUUGCUACAGAACCUCAAUUGUGUGGGUUGUCCGAACAUUAGGAAAGUGCUCAUUCCACCAAUGGCAUGUUGUUUCCAUUUGUCAUCAUUAAACCUGUCUUUGUCUGCCAAUUUGAAGGAAGUUGAUAUUGUUUGUUUUAAUUUGUGUUUUCUCAAUUUGAGUAAUUGUUGCUCUUUGGAGGUAUUGAAGCUUGACUGUCCUAGACUUACCAAUCUCUUUCUUCAGUCUUGUAACAUUGAUGAGGAAGACGUUGAAGCUGCCAUAUCUCAAUGUAGCAUGCUGGAGACUCUAGAUGUGCGUUUUUGUCCGAAGAUAUGCUCGAUAAGCAUGGGAAGAUUGCGUUCCACAUGCCCAAGUUUGAAGCGUGUCUUUAGCAGCCUAUCACCUCCAUAAUGUUGUGAAUAAAGAAGUUUGUUUCAUUUUUCCAAUGUUGAUUCACUUUGAGGUGAAGCGGCAACUUUAUUUUGUUUGACAUCCUACGUUCACUUGCUGUGUUGUAAAUGUACUGCAAGCUUGUUGAUGCGCUAUGGUAUAUAGGCACUGGUAGUGGGCGUCUUACUGUAAGAAUUCAAUAAAUGGUCUUUGUUUUCUGUAUCAAUCAUUAUUUCUUGUUGUUAAUAUUUGGUAAAUGCGAUGCUGCUAUUAUAAGCUUGACCUUUCA